AUUCUUUACUUCCAAUUUGAGUAUGAGUGGUUUACCACUUUUUCAUAGCUUAUUGUUGUUUCCCCUAUAAUUUAAAAUUUAUUAUGGAGAUUCAGAAUAUCAAAUUCUUUUAUUCACUAAACCAAUCACAUUCACAUUAAUAAUAAAUUAAUUCCUCAAUUUAUAAAUUACGAGUAACGCCGAUCGCGAAUAUAUAUUUACUAUUUUUAGCUGCAUAAUUAAAAUCCUAAAUAACUGUUUUUUUUUUUUUUUUUUUUUUGAAGCAUAAAUAACUGAUAAUUUUAGUUCAACAAAUUAGUAGCAAAAACUGCACAAGAAUUAGGAUGUUGAACAACUAGAAAAGCCCUAGCUCCCAUUUCUCAGAUUCUCUCACUUUCCCCAUUUUCUCCCCGUCAAUCGCUCUCUCCACCGCCGCCGUUGGCACACCGCUGUUGCGCCGCCGUGAUUCUACCGUCUCUUAAUCCAGUCUCCGUCUCCAGCUCGGUGUCAAUUUCACGAUGAAUCGGAUAAUUCCCCGGAAUUGAGCUGAUUGAAAUGGCGGUCGUCUGAGACUCUGCGAGCUUGGUGGAAUCUGUGGAGGGUUCGUGUGCAUGCCGGAAAAGCUUUUGGUCUGCACUUCUGUCGCUUUAGCAAUGAAGCCAAGAGCCACCGAGUCACCUCGGAGGUCAAGAACUGUUCAGGGGGAGGGACCAAAUUGGAUCCUUAUUGCAGGGAGUGCACUGCUUAGUACAUUGUCAGUUCGCCUUGGAUAUAAGCUCAAACAGGUCCUUGAUGCUAAACAACUGAACAACAGUAGUCCAGGUUUAAAAGUUAAUGGAAAAUCCACUAAUGGCAAGAAGUCGGGAAGCUGCCCUAUGCAUUCAAAUGCCUUUUGCUUUCCUCAAGAUGAAGAUGUUUGCUACAAUCAUUAUUCAGGAUCCAGGGAUGUGAUGGAAAUCAAACCACACGUCAAUGGACAGAUGAUGGCAGAACCUGAAAUGGCUCUUCCAUUAGUGACUGUUCCCACGUCGGAAUUCAAUAAAGAAAACGGUGUGAUGUGGUCGUCUUCUCCUGACCGCCUGGAGCUUCCCCAGAAACCUUUCCACCAAUCAAACAGCUCCGACUCCCCCUGCGUCUCAGAAUCUGGUUCUGACAUUUUCAGCAAGCGGGAGGUCAUACAGAAGCUGAGACAGCAGCUGAAGAGAAGAGAUGACAUGAUACUAGAAAUGCAAGAUCAAAUUGCAGAAGUGCAAAACUCUCUUGCCGCACAGGUUUCACAUUCUUCACAUCUGCAAUCUCUUCUAGAUAUUGCAAACAGGGAUUUGUUUGAUUCAGAACGGGAAGUACAGAGACUACGGAAGGCAAUAGCAGAUCACUGUGUCGGACAUGUCAACUCAGGUGAGAAACUCCCUUCCGUUCCCGUUUGGCCUGCUGAUGCGAGGAACGGCCAUGUAAAUGGAUACCCAGAAGUCGAGAACAAUAUGGAGUCUCCAGAGAAAGGGAGAGAUGGGGAAAAGAUUGAAAUGUUGAGGAGGGAAGUGAGCGAGUUGAAAGAACUGAAUGAAGGAAAAGACUACUUGCUGCAAAGCUACAAGGAGCAGAAGUCGGAGCUUUCGAUCAAGAUCAAGGAGUUGCAGCACAGAUUGGAUUCUCAACUUCCAAAUAUUUUGUAGGUGAAUUUAGCUUAUCUUGUGCAUUCUGAAUGUGGCUUCCUGUUUUCUCUUUUAUCUUAUCCAAUUUGAAGCUCUCAAUUUUGGAAACGUCGUUUUCUCGCUUUCUUGUUUCCCUCUCAUUCUUCUUCCUUGUGCAUAUGUGGAAGGGUGAGUGAAAAGUUCAUAAAUUUAGAGUUCAGCGCCGCCUAGUGGCACGUUUUUGAGUGUGGUUGUUUGCCUUCAAAUGUAUUUUGGACACACAUUGAACUUGCAAAUGCUUUGCUCCUUGCAGCAGCACCUUCUCAAUGCUAGACUGCUAGUGCUGUUAUUGUCCAA